AUGGGAGUAAGAGGGAGUAAGUUGAUUGGAGACCGAGCUUUUAAGCGAGUUGGGUUUCGUCCGUUAACACCUAAAGGUUACGUUCCGGUAUGCGUAGGGGUUGAUGACGAUACGAGACGGUUUAUCGUGCACAGAAAGGCUUUAUGCGAUAAAGAUUUCUUGGAAAUGUUGUGUAAAUCAUCUGAGGAAUAUGGAUUUCAUUACGAAGGCGUUUUGAGGAUUCGUUACGAAGCAAAUGAUUUUGAAGAGUGGAUUACGAGAAAAACGAAACGGAAGAAUAUCAUUCGUAUCACUUGA